CGAUGGUUUCACAGCAGUCCCUUUAGCGAAGGCUGCAUACCGGGAUUAGCAUUACAAGUCCUGCGGCGGCAUUGCGAUGUGGUUGCAUCGUGUCUGCCAGUUUCUUUACACCACCGACUAUAAUUUACAGUACUUAGCCUGUAAAGCGAUCCUUGAAGGACCGCCACCAGGGCAGCCGGGCUCCGGAGCUUCGCCCGGGGAUGAUUCUCUCGACUUAAUUAGUGCCUUUUCAGACUUGGCAACUACUCACCAUCCAUACGAGGAUGCUGCAUCCAGACUCCAAAACAUAAUCACGUUCACAGUGGAUUCGGAGCUGCGUGUGCUCGCCGGCGAGGCGCUCGCCAUCCUUAACAGCAAACGGCAGGACAAGUGCCAGCCACAACUGCGAUGCUUCUGCGAGGGUUGCAACGAGGUCAUCCGUCCCGACAGCUGCGAGGUUUGUCGUACAUGCCGUGUGGCUGUGUUUUGCAGCCCCGCCUGCCGCCGCGCCUCCCGCCUCGGCCGCCACGCCUCCUGCUACCUGGACCGGAUCUCCCCCGCGCACCCCUUCCCGCACGACACGGCGAUUUACCUCACCACACUACUGG